GGCCGAGCGGCUGAGGCGGCUGAGGUGGCCGCUGGCGCUCUGGUGGCGGGCGCGGCCGGGAUGGCGAAGAGCAGCAGAGAGAAUGGGCCGCGCGCGCCCGCAGCGGGCGGGAGCCUGUCCGGGACCCGGGAAAGCCUGGCCCAGGGCCCCGAUGCCGCCACCGCCGACGAGCUCAGCUCGCUCGGCUCCGACUCGGAGGCCAACGGCUUCGCCGAGCGUCGCAUCGACAAGUUCGGCUUCAUCGUGGGUUCGCAGGGCGCCGAGGGCGCGCUGGAGGAAGUGCCCCUGGAGGUGCUGAGGCAGAGGGAGUCCAAGUGGCUGGACAUGCUCAACAACUGGGACAAAUGGAUGGCCAAGAAGCACAAAAAGAUUCGUCUUCGGUGCCAGAAGGGCAUCCCACCUUCUCUGCGGGGACGGGCUUGGCAGUACCUGUCAGGAGGCAAGGUGAAACUUCAGCAGAACCCUGGAAAAAUUCGAUGUCUGGAUAUGUCUCCUGGGGACCCCAAGUGGCUAGAUGUGAUUGAACGUGACCUGCACCGGCAGUUCCCUUUCCAUGAGAUGUUUGUGUCCCGAGGAGGCCAUGGCCAGCAGGACCUGUUCCGUGUGCUGAAGGCCUACACGCUGUACCGUCCUGAGGAGGGCUACUGCCAGGCCCAGGCCCCCAUUGCUGCUGUGCUGCUCAUGCACAUGCCUGCGGAGCAAGCCUUCUGGUGUCUGGUACAAGUCUGUGAGAAGUACCUGCCUGGCUACUACAGUGAGAAACUGGAGGCAAUCCAGCUGGAUGGUGAGAUCCUCUUCUCACUGCUACAAAAGGUGUCCCCUGUGGCUCACAAACACCUUAGCAGGCAGAAGAUUGACCCCCUGCUGUACAUGACAGAGUGGUUCAUGUGUGCCUUUGCCCGCACCCUGCCCUGGAGCUCCGUGCUGCGAGUCUGGGACAUGUUCUUUUGUGAAGGCGUCAAGAUCAUCUUCCGUGUGGGGCUGGUACUGCUGAAGCAUGCACUAGGUUCUCCUGAGAAGCUCAAAGCCUGCCAGGGCCAGUAUGAAACCAUCGAGCAGCUGCGGAGCCUCAGCCCCAAGAUCAUGCAGGAAGCCUUCUUGGUCCAGGAGGUAAUAGAGUUGCCUGUGACAGAGCGCCAGAUUGAGCGGGAACAUCUCAUCCAGCUGCGGCGCUGGCAAGAGACCCGUGGUGAGCUGGAGUGUCGCUCUCCACCCAGGAUGCACGGUGCCAAAGCCAUCCUGGAUGCAGAGCCUGGUCCCCGACCUGCCCUGCAACCUUCACCAUCCAUCCGCCUACCCCCAGAUGCAACCCUCCUCACUUCCAAAGCAAAGCCACCCAAGCAGGUCCAGAAGGAGCAGAGGAGGACAAAGGCCAGUGGACAGCUGGACAAAUCCCCAGGCCCCAAUCAAGCCACAGUGGUGACUGCUUCAGGAGAUGCAUGUCCUCCUCAGGAUGUGCCUCCAAAGGACCCAGUCCCCCAAGACUCUGCUCCCCAGGACUUAGCCUACCACCGUUCCCAGGAGAGCCUGACCUCCCAGGAGAGUGAGGACACGUACUUGUAACCCAGGGAGUUCAGGCCUCCAGGUGGGGUCUCCACAUAUCUUACACGGUUCAGAGACUGACAACACUCCAGGUCCUGUGUACCUGAAGGCCCAACUGCUUGGCCAUUGGGCUGGGAUAGAAUCUGGCUGGCCCAGUACAGAUUCUGCCCAAGCCUCCUUAUUUAUUUUCUCUUGAGUCAAGCUGGCCCAGCCAGCACAGGCAGAAGCUAUGGCCAAAUGGGUUGGGUCUCACCCAGCCCCGGCCUUCUGGGGGAUAUUCUUCAGGGCUAGGGUGCUGACGUGAGGGGAAGCAGGGGGUACUCUUGUGUAAAAUAGAAAUAUGGUUUUGUACGAAAAUAAACAGGCUUGUAUAGAGAGCUGGUGUGCAGCUAGGGACCCAAAAGGGGUAUCACCCUUCAUCCUGGGCCCCCAGCCUGGCAGGAACCCCUCUGAAACAUACCUUUGAUACACGAGGCCCCAAGUCCAAGGCCAGCUGCUGUUGUAGGCUCUGUUCUCUCUGAUGACCUAAAUGAGUCACUAGAGAGCUGAAGCCCACCACUGGGGCAGAGCAGGAAAUAAUCCCCGAGGUCCCUGGGUUUCUCUGUUGUAGCCCUGGGUGUCCUGGAACUCACUUUGUAGACCAGGAUGGUCUUGAACUCACAGAGAUCCACCUGAGUGCUGGGAUUAAAGGCAUGUGCUGGCCUGG